AUAACCUGUGCGUAGGUUUCAGAUCUGCCAUCUUAAAACUAGAAGUGUUAUAUAAAUUUGUCAAGCAUUAUUCAGUUGAUCUUAAGGGCACAGCUUGCCAGCAGGGGUGAAAUGGAAAGCUGAUUAACGCGAAGAGUAACUUAAAACCGCGCUGCUCCUGCGCUCAGUUAAAAGAGAAGUGUUGUCGACGAGCGGGACCCCCACCUGGGGUGGCGGUGAAAGCCUGGCCAAUUUUUUAAGUCUUUACAAGGCCCGAAAUGUGGUGGUGGAAGCUGAAUCAAAAAGAAUAAAACAGAGCAUCGCCUUCACGACCUAUUUUUCCAGGAAGGGCACAUGUCCCUGAAGCUGGUAAAACUGUAGUACCGGAACCACGAAACACAGGUUCCUAAGCAGCACGGAAGAACGAUGGUAACACCGCCACGGGGCAGCCGCGUCGAGCGCCCUCCCCAGUCAGCAUAUUUUGGUUCCCGCCCCUUCCCUCUUGCUCCUUCUAAUCCCUUCCCCCUCCGCCAAUUCCGGAAGGGAACCCUUUUAAAAUCUGAUCCAAGCUGGAGCGGAGGACCAAUUUCGUGAACACAAUCCGGAGUGGUCAACAUGGCGGCGGCCGUUAGAUGCCUCGGUAGAGAGCCGUCCACCUACGGGUGAGGUGGGAAUGGGAGAGGGGUGUACGUUGACAUCUUUCCAGCACCCACAGGGACAGAGGCAAGGACACGAUUCUGUCUUCGGUACUGGGGAUGUGGGCUGCAGAGGAAAGGAGUUUGAUACCUGAAAUGUUUAUUGUGUCUUCAUUUGCCAAAUACUGUGCUGCAUGUUGGGGACAGAAUGUCUUGAUAGCUCAUCAAAGGCAUAGUCUUUCCAAGAUGCCUUAUCAGACACCUCUUUAUCCUUGUUCUGCAUAUGUUCAGAUACCCAAUAGACAUUUUGCUGCUGCUACAAAGCCUGCAAAGAAAACAAAAAAAGGUGCCAAACAAAAAACAUUGGAAGAGAAAAAAGAUGAGAUAGAAAAAAUAAAGUCAUACCCCUUUAUGGAAGGCGAGCCUGAGGAUGAUGUCUACUUAAAACACUUAUAUCCAAGGCAGAUAUAUGAUGUGGAAAAAGCUAUUCACUUACUUAAGAAAUUUCAAAUUCUGGACUUUACUAAUCCAAAGCAAGGUGUUUAUCUUGAUUUGACGUUGGAUAUGGCACUGGGGAAGAAGAAAAAAGUGGAGCCAUUUGCCAGUGUUCUUAGUUUUCCAUACCCAUUCAUUUCAGAAAUCAAUAAAGUUGCUGUAUUUACAAGGAAUGCAUCAGAGAUUAAAGUAGCAGAAGAAAAUGGAGCUGCCAUUGCAGGAGGAACUGAUGUGAUUCAGAAGAUUUUGGAUGAUGAAAUUCAAUUAGACUUUUAUGUAGCUGUUCCAGAAAUAAUGCCUGAGCUUAAUCCAUUAAAGAAGAAACUGAAAAAAAGAUUUCCAAAGCUUGCUCAAAAUUCCAUUGGCCGUGACAUCCCCAAAAUGCUUGAAUUAUUUAAAACUGGACAUGAAAUUAAGGUAGAUGAAGAAAGGGAGAACUUUCUCAAGACCAAAAUAGCAACACUGGAUAUGUCAAGUGACCAGAUAGCUGCCAAUCUACAAGCAGUUAUCAAUGAAGUUUGUAGGCACAGACCGCUGAGUUUGGGAUCGUUCGUGGUACGUGCUCUCCUUCGUAGUUCAACAAGUGAAGGUUUGUUACUAAAGAUCGAGCCAUUGUUGCCAAAAGAAGCAGAAACCAAAGAAAGUAAAAAAGAACCUGCCUAAAAGUGUUGGAUUGUGAAAUUAUUUUCAGUGGAUUAAGAAGCAACAGAGAAAAUUAUAAAACUAUAAUUUUUACGUUUGGUGUCUUGUUAUUUCUUGAUCAUCAUACUUGAAAGUGAAUUUUAACACUGAAACAUCUUACAACACUUUGAAAAGUAAGAAAAUAAAAUUUUCUUUGAACCUA